CCGUUUAUCUCCCAAAACCUGCCGCCGAUUUCUUUACUAAUCGAAUGGCUUCAAACGUCCCCGUCGACAUUGUCGAAGACGACGAGGGGUUCGAUUGGGAAGAAGCUGUUAGACAAAUCGACGAGGCUUGCCAAAGCGCAAAGCCUUCUACUUCUAGUCUAAAUUAUCCAUCUUCCCAUUUUGUGCCUCCUUCUGUUGGAGAAAACUCUAAUGGGUUUCGCCCUGUGGGCGAGAGAAAGCCUGGUGGUUCUUCAAGGCAAUCCACGCUUGAUAGGUUUAUGGGGAAGGUGGUGGGGCCCAUUAGGCCUUCGUCUGAGAAUCAUCGGAAGUUUCAGGAUCGAGACCCAGAAUGUGUUGUCGUUGAGGGUGAUGAGAGAGUACCCGGCAUUGCUAUUGACGCUGAGGCAGCAAAAACUUGGAUUUACCCAGUAAAUAUCCCUCUUCGAGAUUAUCAAUUUGCCAUAACCAAGACGGCACUGUUUUCAAAUACAUUGGUGGCAUUGCCUACAGGCCUUGGCAAAACGCUUAUUGCUGCUGUCAUAAUGUAUAACUACUUCAGAUGGUUUCCAGAUGGGAAGAUAGUCUUUGCUGCUCCUUCUCGGCCACUUGUCAUGCAACAAAUAGAAGCAUGCCAUAAUAUUGUUGGAAUUCCACAAGAAUGGACCAUUGAUAUGACAGGUCAAAUAAGCCCUACAAGAAGAGCAUGCUUUUGGAAGACCAAACGGGUUUUCUUUGUUACUCCACAAGUUCUGGAGAAAGAUAUUCAAUCUGGCACGUGUUUGGUAAAAUACCUAGUCUGCUUGGUAAUUGAUGAGGCUCAUCGAGCAUUGGGAAACUAUUCUUAUUGUGUGGCAGUUCGUGAGUUGAUGGCUGUUCCAGUGCAACUGAGAAUAUUAGCUUUAACUGCCACUCCAGGAUCGAAGCAGCAGUCAAUCCAGAAAAUAAUAGAUAACUUGCAGAUAUCAACACUUGAAUACCGGGAUGAGAGUGACCAUGAUGUCAUCCCAUAUGUUCACAACCGAAAAAUAGAAUUGAUUGAGGUUGCACUUGGGAAAGAUGCAGUUGAGAUAAAUAAAAAACUGUUGGAUAUAAUUCGUCCAUUUGUAGCCAGGCUAUCUGCAAUGGGAGUUCUUCAGAACAGAGACUAUCAGACUUUAACCCCAGUUGACUUGCUUAAUUCAAGGGAUAGAUUUCGUCAAGCACCUCCAUCAGAGCUUCCACAUGUUAAGCAUGGGGAAGUUGAAGCAUGCUUUGGAGUUCUUAUUACACUUUACCACAUUCGUAAGCUACUUUCAAGCCAUGGAAUAAGGCCAGCAUAUGAGAUGCUGGAAGAGAAGUUGCAAAAUGGGGCAUUUCUGAGAAUGAUGAGUAAAAAUGAAGAACUUAUGAUUGCAAAGCUCUUAAUGCAACAGAAUUUAUCUCAUGGUGCACCAAGUCCCAAGUUGUCAAAAAUGUUAGAAGUGUUGAGUGAUCAUUUCAAGACCAAGGGUUCACAAAAUUCUAGGGUCAUUAUCUUCUCAAAUUUUAGAGGAAGUGUCAGGGACAUAAUGCAUGCAUUAGCAACUGUUGGAGAUUUAGUUAAAGCAACUGAAUUUAUUGGACAAAGCUCAGGAAAAGCAUUGAAAGGCCAAUCACAGAAGGUUCAACAGGCUGUUCUGGAGAAAUUUCGAGCUGGUGGUUACAAUGUUAUUGUUGCCACAUCUAUUGGUGAAGAAGGCCUUGAUAUCAUGGAAGUUGAUCUUGUAAUAUGUUUUGAUGCUAAUGUUUCACCUUUGAGAAUGAUUCAGCGGAUGGGGAGAACUGGAAGGAAGCAUGAUGGACGAGCUUAUUGCAGUUCCUUGACAAGUUUACUAGUUCUAGCUUGUGAAGGGUCAGAGAUAAAGGGUUAUAUGCGGAAGCAAGCAAAUAACCGGUCUAUUAAAAAACACAUGCAAAAUGGGGGAUUGAAAAGCUUCAAUUUCCAUUCUAGUCCAAGGAUGAUUCCCCAUAUUUUCAAGCCAGAAGUCCAAUUUGUUGAACUCUCAAUUGAACAAUUCAUUCCUCGUGGGAAAAAACUAAAAGAUGAUCACACUGUUCAAUCACCUCCUGUCAAUGAAAAACUAACCCCUGCUGAAACUGAUUUAAUUGCCAAGUAUUUCCACCCUGCAAUUGAGAAUGCUUGGAGACCAUCUCUUAUUGCAUUUCCCAACUUUCAGGCCUUUCCCUCCAAAGUACAUAGGGUAAUGCAUUCUUGUAGAACAGGAAUGCUGAUUGACUCAAUGCAAGCUUUGCAAGGAUUAACCCUUAUGGGAGGCAGCAGGACUUCUUUUAUUAAGGAUGAAGUCUUUUCUGUCGAUUGCUUGGAAUUUGAUGGACCUGACAAUGCUACAAAAGAUUCACCAUUGUUGGAUGGUUCACCAGCUGCCAAGUCACAAAGGAAGGUAACAGAUUUGGAAGUAUCACCCAUAAAGAGCUUAAGAACAAUGUGUUAUUCUCAUUGUGAACCUCAAGCACAUUCGUGUCUCUUUAGUUCAGAUUUCAUAUCGGUUGAUUCUCUUGGAAAGGUCAUGAUUUUAUCUGUUCCUUCCAUUCAUUUCAAGCAUACAAGUUCUAGCAAUAAAGGGUUGCAAAAUUCUGUGAAGCUAGAUUCUAGCCAUGUGAAAACUCCAGAUGGACAUUACCGUGAGCUAACCACGCAAGCUAAAACAAUUGCAAACCUAACAACUUUUCAGACAAGAUGCUCAAAAGAUGAUACUCUGCCAAGUUCUAGGUUAGAUAUGUCUGAUUCUCAUAAAGAUGAGAUGCCAGAGCAGGAUGAGAAAACUCCUGAGUGUCCAAUGAAUAAAGGCCUGUUGAAUGGAGAUAGCAAUUAUGAGAUACCUGAUAUUGAAGAAACCAAGGUAUCUUCACCAUUGGCUGAAAAAGAUAUUAAUGAUUUCAGAGAUGCUGAACUUAGUCCACGGUUAACUAAUUUGAUCAAAAGUGGUGUUGUUCCUGAGUCUCCUGUUACUGAAUGUCGGCUGUUGAAUAACAGACAAAAUGAAUGUCAAGUUUCGGACAUUAGUUCACUGGUCAAUUUGCAAACUGAACUGCUUUUAGGUCCAGUUAGAAAUGAAGGGGUCAUUAUGGAGAACUCUGCCAGCAAAAGUAAUAUCUUCCUGUCUUCUAUCAGUGAUGAAAUUAGAACUCCUUUACGUAAGAUGAAUGGAGUUUCUGGCACAAGACUUGCCUCUAGCUUGCUUGCAGAGGAGGCCCAAACACCUUUGCAACACCUAACUGAUGGUAGUGGCAGCAAAAGUUGGCACUUAAGUUCUGGAGAGAAGUCAGUAAAUGCAAAGCAGGCAAAGAAGUUUAAAAGAUUGCGAAAAGUUGGGAAUUCCGAGGGAAAUAGGAAUUCAAAGAGCAUGAAAGUGGAUUCUUUUCUUCCUAUAGCAAACCUUGCCAGAUCUUUUCCUGGUUCGAGUCCCAUACAAAUGAAGCAUGGCAGAUGUAAUUUAGUUCAUACAUCAGGUAAAAAGAAGCUGGAAGAUGAAGUCAGGACCUUCAUUGAUGAAGAAGCUGAGGUGUCUUCAGACACUGAAAUAUCUGGUGAUGAAGAAGAUGGGAACAAUGACUCAUAUGAUGAUAGUUUCAUAGAUGACAGGAUAAAUCUUACAGGUGCCUGUACACAAACUGAAUCUGGUGGGGUUGACAUGAUGGCAGUUUACAGGCGUUCAUUGCUUAGCCAAUCACCAUUGGAGAGGCAGCAAAAUUUUUCUGUUUUUAGUCCUGAUUCUGUAGAUACAAUUAGCAGAGGAAAUGGAGAUGGAAACUACUCUAGCAAGACAUUGGAUUCUCUCAAGACACCUCAAACUGAUCCCAUAGAUGAAUCUGCCAAGAGGAAUUCAGAUCCAUCUCAGAAAAAUCAAGAGAAGAACUUCUCAGAACCCUUCCCUCUCAGAAGUAAUGAUAUUUCAAUAGAAAAUGAGAGGGAGGUGGCAAGUCGGAAAAGAAGGUUGAGUCCUUUCCAAACAGGUUCACUGCCUGCAAUUAAUUUGGAACGAGAAUUCUCACUACAAUCUGAGGGUGCUGGAGAUGGAGCCAAAGAAUCAGUCCCAGCAUCUCAUCAGAUUCUGUCAGGAAAUAUUAUUGCAAACGAAGAUGAGUUUGAUGAUGAUCAAUUUUUUGAGAGUAUUGAUUUUGACGCCAUUGAGGCACAAGCUACCUCACUUUUUAAGAGCAAGUCAGAAUCAUCAAUACAGAAGCAAGAGAUGAUCUCUCCAUCAAACCCCCAUAAUUUAGCCUCUCCAUCGUUUGAUCUUGGGAUGUGGUAGUUUAGAAAGAAAAUUUAUUUAUAACCCUUGAGCAAGUAAGUUUAUUUGUCAGGGGUGUAAUGCAAUGCUAGAAGCUUUGGCAUGCACAGUUUUGUGAAUGAUCUAUUGUAUGGUAAUUUGUAAAGUCCACUUGUAUAUAUAUGGAUAUUGGAUUCUUUGUAAAUGUCCCAAUAAUAAUUUAAGCCUGAA